GACAAAAGAAAGAGAAAGAAAAAAAGAAACAGAAACAGUCUUCACAACUAUGUCGAACCCUAGCGUAAUCGUCUUUGGCCCUACUGGCGGCAUCGGCUCUACAGCUGCUCGAGUGGCCCAUGAGCAAGGUGCCAAGGUCUUCUUGGCCAUGCGGGACGUUAGCAAACCCAUCCCCGAACUCACCCCAGAUCAAGAGCGAGAUGGUGGAUUCGAAAGAAUUCAAGCCGACCUCAUGGACACAGAGAGCAUUAAAGCUGCUGUAGCCAAGUCAGGAGCCAAGCACGCUUUCAUCUACCUGCUCUUCGGGGUUUCGGAUGGCAUGCGCUCGGCCAUCGAAGCACUGAAAUCUGCUGGUAUCGAGUUCGUUGUCUUCCUGAGCAGCUCGAGCGUUACGGCCCAAAGCGCCGGCAAACAAGGCCUCAAGAGUGUGCCGACGUCCGAUUUCAUCGCCUUUGCCCACGCCCAGGUGGAGAUUAACCUCCAAAACAUAUUCGGAGAGGGCGGCUACGUGGCAGUGCGGCCUUCCUAUUUCUUGUCCAACACAUUUCGAUGGCGCGCUAUGAUCCGCACUGGUGAGGUGAAGCUGGUGGCGCCGGACGUUACUUUUGACUACAUCGCACCCGCAGACAUCAGCCGCGUGUGUGCGGGAUUCCUCGUCCGUGGCGCAAAGACGCCUGAUGGCUCGCCCAGCCCGUCGUCCGUAACGCUAUGUGGGCCGAAAAUCGCGUCUCAGAGAGACGCUCUGGCUGCUAUUGGUAAAGCUAUCGGCAAGGAGCUUGCAGUCAAGAGUGUGGAUCAAGAGGAUGAGGGCGUCGAGGUGUUUAAGGCUGAUGGGAUUCCGGAACAUAUAGCCAGGGACCUCGUGCGGAAGUUGAUUUCCAGAUCGGAAAACGAUGAUCCUCUCUAUAAGGAGGAUUUCUAUGUGGAAGCAGCAGCUAAUGUGGAGAAGUAUAGCGGUCAAUCUCCUACGGAGAUUGCUCAAUGGGCUUUUGAGAAUAAAGAACAAUUUGUUUAAGAGGAUAUAACAAUAGCACAAUAAAGGAUACCAAAGUAACUGCAG